AUGGCAGCUACCUCAAGUACUCAAGGUACGUUACCUAGUAACACUGAAAAAAAUCCUAAGGAGCAGGUACAAGCCAUAACCUUGAGGAGUGGUAAAGAAUUGGAGGACAAGCCUAAAAAGGAGAAGGAGAAAGAAGAAGAGAGAAAGGCACCUAUCAUUGAUCUGGUGGAAGGGGAAGAAGUGAAACCUUAUGUUCCACCCGUUCCAUUUCCACAAAGGUUGAAAAAGACGCAGGAUGACCAAAGCUUCAUGAAAUUUUUGGACAUCUUCAAAAAGCUUCAAAUAAACAUCCCUUUUGCUGAAGCUCUUGCUCAAAUGCCCAGCUAUGCAAAGUUCUUAAAAGAAAUCUUAAGCAAGAAAAGAAAGAUUGAUGACCAAGGAAUGGUGAAACUGACCGAAGAAUGCAGUGCGAUCAUUCAAAAUAAAUUGCCACCAAAGCUCAAAGAUCCAGGAAGUUUUUCUAUCCCUUGUAUGGGGGAGCUCAAGCCCAAAAGGAUGUCCCUACAAUUUACAAUUGGCCGACCGAUCAAUCAAAUACCCCAAGGGAAUUGUAGAGGACGUACUAGUCAAGGUAGAGAAGGAUCAUUGAUCCUUGGAAGACCUUUUCUUGCAACUGCAAGAGCUCUAAUUGAUGUAAACGAUGGGAAACUGACAUUGAGAGUUGGCCAAGAAGAGGUUGUUUUCGAUGUGUUAAAAUCUUGUAAACUUCCUAUGGACUACGAUGUUUGCUUUAGAAUAGAUGUAAUUGAUAAAUGUGUAGAGAAUGCUUUACAUAGCGUAGAUGAUAAUGAAAAUAAAACAGAAGAAAAAGAAAAAAAAGGUACACCACCCAAACAAGAACUGAAGCAGCUUCCUCCUCAUCCUCAUUUUUGA